AUGCAGAAUUGCUGCGAAAUAGAGGUUUUCACCGAUCUUCAAUCUCAUCUUAUUCAUCAGCAAAAUCCAAUGCUUCUUCAUUCUCAAACAGCAGCUCCAAAAGAAUCUAUAAGGAAUCUUCACCUGUUGAUUGAAGCUGAACAAGCUGCUUUGGAAGAUAACAUCUACUCCAAAGAACUGCUGAUGGGGGAUGGCAUUGUCACGAUAACUGAACGUGACAAUGAGGUUCUUUGGCUUUGUUCUGCCACAAGACACCUUGAAGCUCCAAUGGAUACCCUCUCUCUGGCCGUUUCUAUUUUUGAUCGUGUUUUAAGUUCUGUUCGAGUACAAACACGCUACGCAAAUUGUCUUGCUGUUACUUCUCUUAUAUUAGCUGCAAAGUUUUGGGAAAGAAAUGGCAGCGUUUGUGGGGAGCCACGUUAUGUUAUUCAAUCACUCCAAUUACCGUAUAGUUGUAAAGAAGUUGUAAGGAUGGAAGCAUUGAUUCUUAGACAUCUUGAUUGGAAUCUUACAAUACCAACUCCUGAACAAUUUCUAUUUGAAAUGUUGAAACUUCUUGGUAUCUCUGAAGCUAUAACAUCAUAUGCUUUGAUAGAAAAUUAUUGUGCAAUUCUUGGAAAAUAUCGUUUUUUUUCUGUUCACCGUCCCUCUGUCAUUGCUUUGUCACUAAUAUCUGUGAUGCUUGAAAUAAAAUCUCAAGAUUGGAUGCGAGUAACAAUGGGAAUUCAAAAAAUGUUCAAGAUUCCACAAAAAGAGUUACUUUGUUGUCGUGACCAAAUGAUGAGAACAUUCAAAUUUUGUCAAAAUGAUCUCAAAAAGUGGAGUGGUCCUGUUAGUUGUGGUCAAUCUACGUCAUCAGGAAUUUUGAAAAAUGCCAAUGGAUUUGUUAACAAAAGAAGUAAGAAAAGACUUCGUAGGAGGCAGGCAAAAGAGGCAGCUGCUAGUUAUACACAAACAUUAUUAAAAAAUGGAGUACAACUGGAAAGUGGCAUUGAUGUUUUACAUAUAUUAUAUGAUAUUGGAGCACAACCUAAUCUUGUAUGCCAAUAA